UAACUAUGAAGGUGAAGAAGAGGUUAGUUUUUUGUUGAACUGCUUGGAAGGAACAGUUUUGAAUUCCAACACAACACAACCAACAACAAACACACGAAAAGAAGAAACACCUUUGAAAAAAUUAAUAAAAACCUUUUGGAGAGAGAAACUCAAGAGACGUGAGCCUUGAGUUCUUUCUUUUAUUUUUCUUUUCCACCAUUUGGUUUUGCUUCUUCCUUCCUUUGUUAUCCAAUCACCAAUCACCUUCUCUCUCUCCGUCUCUCCAUCUCUAUCUUCCUUCUUCCUAUCUACAGUUAUUCUCUCUCUAGCUUUUGAUUUUCUCUCUCAUCAGAUCUCGUCCAUGGUUCUCCGCUGGUUUUUGGAACACCCUUUUUCUUAAUCCUCUCUGAUCAAUCAUAUCUAGCAUUUUUAGACCGUGAAGUUUCAUUUUUUUUAUUUUAUUUGGUGUAAUUAGUUGAAUCCUUUAUUCUUUUUCAUUUUUUAUAGGGAAUAAUAUUAACGAAAAUAAUAAUUGAUUGUGGUUUGAAGAAAAAGAAAAAUCCCAACUUUUUUUGUCUUCUUUGUCGUUUGCGGUGUUUUGGAACAGAACCCAGAAAAAAAGAUUUUUAUAUUAUUUGAGGUGGUUGUACUUUGUGGUGGGUGUGAUUGAAGAUUUGCUGUGAUUGUGGAUGCUUGGAGAGGGUAAAGAACGGGGAGGGAAGUUGGGGGGUUAUGAUUGAGGGUGAAUUUGGGGAAUCAUUGAUUUUUGUGUUGUGGUUAGGAUCUAUUUUGGUGUAUUUGGUGAUGGGGAUGAGGAAUGAUGCACAGAAGCAACAGCUUCUUCAUCAGGGUAAUGGUGGUGGCAAAACCAGCGGCUUCAUUCCUAGUUCUUUUCGUGCUCUUUCUAGCUACCUCAGGAUUGUUUCCUCUGGUGCUUCCACAGUUGCACGUUCUGCUGCAUCUGUUGUAGCUUCAUCCGUUGUGGACAGAGAUGACGUUCCCGACCAUGAUAAGGUUAUUUGGGCUGGGUUUGACGAGUUAGAGGGUGAGGGUGAAGUUAUUCAGCAAGUACUUCUUCUAGGCUAUCGAUCUGGCUUCCAGGUUUGGCAUGUCGAUGAAUCAAAUAAUGUCCGUGACCUUGUAUCCAGACUUGAUGGUCCUGUUUCUUUUAUGCAAAUGGUACCUAAUCCAAUUGCAUCAAAGAGAUCUGAAGACAACUAUGCAAACAGUCGGCAGCUGUUGGUUGUUUGUACUGAUGGAUUCUUUGUAGGAGGUAGCAAUGUUCAGGAUGGGUUGGCCACCCCUAAUAAUGGAAGCACUUUAAACUCACAUGAACAAAUGAAUGGAAACUAUUUGCCGACUACUGUUAGGUUUUAUUCUAUGAAAUCUCAAUCAUAUGUUCAUGUGCUGAAGUUUAGAUCAGUUGUUUAUUCUGUGAGGUGCAGUUCUCGAGUAGUUGCUAUCUCUCAGUCCACUCAGAUUCACUGUUUUGAAGCUACCACAUUAAUAAGGGCGUAUAUUUUACUUACCAAUCCUAUAGUCAUGAGUGUCCCUGGUUCUGGAGGCAUAGGUUAUGGUCCUCUUGCGGUGGGACCAAGAUGGUUGGCAUAUAGCGGAAGUCCAGUUGCUGUUUCCAAUUCAGGACAUGUCAGCGGACAACAUUUGAUGCCUUCUGCAAGUGUUUCUGGUUUUUCUUCUAAUGGCAGUUUGCUUGCUCAUUAUGCCAAAGAGUCCAGCAAGCAUAUUGCUACUGGUAUUGUAUCCCUCGGAGACAUGGGGUAUAAGAAACUUUCCAGAUACUGCUCUGAUACCAAUGGUUCAUUACAAUCUGUAAAUUCUGUCUCUAAGGGCACCGGAACCAUUAAUGGCCAUUCAACGGAUGCAGAUAACAUUGGGAUGGUUAUUGUUAAAGAUAUUGUCUCCAGAAACGUUAUUGCUCAAUUCCGGGCCCACAAGAGUCCUAUUUCAGCAUUAAGCUUUGAUCCUAGUGGCACCAUUUUAGUGACAGCUUCCAUUCAGGGUCAUAACAUAAAUGUUUUUAAGAUCAUGCCUGUACAGGACAAUUUUUCUGCUUCUGAUACUGGCCCCUCUUAUGUUCAUUUGUACAAGCUGCAACGUGGCUUUACAAAUGCGGUUAUUCAAGAUAUCAGUUUCAGUGAUGACAGCAAGUGGAUUAUGAUCAGUUCCUCUAGGGGCACUAGCCAUCUAUUUGCCAUAAAUCCUCAAGGAGGACAUGUAAAUAUUCAGUCCUAUGAUGAUAGUUUUACUAUAAGAAAUAGUGGAUUAGGCUCUACAGCUAAUCACCCCCAGGGAUGGUCUCAUGGUUCUGCCAUGCAAAAGCCUAAACAAAAGAGUUUGGUUGUGGCCGGCCCACCAAUCACUCUUUCCGUGGUAAGCCGGAUCAGGAAUGGAGCCAAUGGCUGGAGGGGCAGUGUAACUGGUGCUGCUGCUGCUGCAACUGGUAGGAAAACUCACCUUUCUGGGGCUGUAGCUUCAUCUUUUCGGAAGUUUAAAAGUUCUGAAAUGAACUAUUCAAAGUAUCACCUGCUGGUCUUUUCACCAACUGGUUCUAUGAUACAAUAUGCUCUGCAAAUGUUAAGCAGUCAAGAUUCAGGUGUUGGCUCUGUGUUGGCUCCUGCAUAUGAAUCCCUUCCACAGGAUGAUGCAAGAUUAGUAGUUGAGGCUAUCCAAAAAUGGAAUAUAUGUCAGAGUCAUAGUCGAAGAGAGCGAGAAGAUAACAUAGAUAUAUAUGGCGAGAAUGGAAUUGCAGAUGCCAAUAAAAUAUAUCCGGAGGAAGUGGGGGAGGAGUACACCAUUAGCCCGAAAGUCUGGAAUGGAGCUAUGAAAGUAAAUCCUUCUCUUGAGGGGAAGAGUCAUUUGUAUAUUUCAGAAGCUGAACUUCAAAUGCAUCAAGCUCAGACUUCAUUAUGGGCAAAACCAGAGAUAUAUUUUCAUUCAAUGUUGCAAGAGCCUAACUUAAUGGGUGAAGAAGCUGCUUCGAGUGGCGAAUUUGAGAUUGAAAGGAUUCCUACAUGCGUAGUUGAAGCUAGAUCAAAAGACUUGGUUCCGAUUUUUGACUAUUUUCAGACUCCAAAGUUGCAGCAAGCAAGGACUUCUAUGGAUAGCAAAAAAGAUGACCAACUGUCACAUUACAGUUUGCAGUCAUCUGGAAAUGGCAGGAUUUCUUCUAGGAGUGAUGAUGGUGAUGUUUCUGAGUUAAGAAAUGGGAUUGAAGGAACUGAAUUGGAUAAUCAUGUGGUGGCUUCUGAAACUGUGAGCUUUGUAAAUAACAAUGACACCUUUAAACCAAAUACUCAGCAUGAGAUUGUAAAUAAUAGAAGGGAGCACUUAGACACCGAGGCUCAACUCAUGUUUGUAAAUAGUGACAGAAAGCUUGAAAAUGAAGAAUCAUUUUGAAGAAAAA